AAAGAAUAAACAUCAAUUUAAUGGAUAUCCACAAUUAAAAUUGCAAAAAUAAUGCUGAAUAUCGAAAAAAAUAAGUUUAAAUAAAUUUGCAGGUGGCUCGCUUAUGUGAAAAAGCAUAUAUGAAAAAACAUUAAAUUCAUCUUAAAUAAGGAUUAAAAUUGUAUAAGUUUUAGGAUUAUGUAACUAGUAUGAAUGAGAUGAAACUCAGAAAAUGGCAAGGGAUUAAAUAGAGCGAAGAUACAAGAUAGGUAUAUUAAGAAUAGAGAGUGUUAAAACUAUUGAUUAGUUAUGGGGAGAAAGUAGCCAAUCAGGAGUUAGAUGCAAAAUGUAUGAAUUCUAUUAAAGAUUUAGAUCAUUUGAUAACUCAAAAUGAAAUAAUGGCAGCAUAAUAGAGUAUUGAAGAUCAGAGCAUACUAGAUUUGAUAGAGUAAAUGAAUAGACUGAUCAAUUAAAGAUUAGACUAUUGUUAUAAAUGUAAAUACAUAUGUAAUACUAUAUAAAUAGCCAAGAUGUAAAAUUUUGGAAGCAUUUCAUUUAGAGUAAGUAAAUUUAGAUAGGAUAGUCCAAGAGGCAUUCCAGAUACAAAUAAAUUAAAUUCUUUUUCUGAUUAUUUAAGUUUGAAGUAAAUGAAUAGCUAUCAAUAAGUUUUACAUUGAAUUCAGAUUAAUCUGGGUCUAUGAUAGGAUUAAAAUAAACAACUCAUGCCAAAUCGUCAGUAUCAAUAAUGGGGAAAUUAAAGAAGAGUGGAAAAAUCAGUCAGUUCUUAUAACAACAAUAGUCUAUAAAAUCAAUACAAAAUAAUGAUCUUGAGGAGGAAUAAUUAAAUAAUUUUUAAACAAAGAAGAAAAGUUGUUUUGCUCAGACUGCGAGUUCUGAGAGUGAUUUAGAUAUAAGUAUUGAAAAUUCUGACUUAUAAAUGGAGACACUUGAAUCUACAAAAUAGAUAGAAUUUGAAUAAGAUUGUUUUUUUGCAUCUGAAAAAGGGUAUUUUUCAGAUACUGAAAUAAUUAAGUUAGAUGCCGAGAAUAAAAAUUAAGAAAGGAACAUUUGUUUAAAGGAUUUCUAGUUUAUAAGACAAAUAGGAUAAGGUGCAUAUGGAGGAGUUUUCUAGGUGAAAAGGAUAGCAACAGGAGAUUAAUAUGCUCUAAAGAUAAUAAAUUGUUCGAAUCGACCUUUUGAGAGAUUAUUGACAUAAUUAAAGUAAGAGAGAAACAUAUUUGAAAUUUUGACUGGGGAAUAUGUUGCUAAGGCAUUUUAUUCAUUUCAACACCAAUCUUCAUUGUGUUUUGUUUAAGAAUUUAUGGUUGGAGGGGACUUUGCUAAAAUAUUGAUGAUUGAAGGGGUAUUUAAAUUAAUAAAUAGUCUAGGCGUUCGAUGAAAACAUAGCAAGACAUUAUUUUGCUGAAAUUCUGCUAGCUCUUGAAUAUCUUCAUAGCAAUAACAUAGUUCAUAGAGAUUUAAAGCCAGAAAAUAUACUCUUAGAUUAAAAUGGUCAUAUCAAAUUAGCUGACUUUGGAUUGAGUGAAAUAGGGUUUAAUAAAAUGAUGGUGAAGAGAAAAACUAGUCAAAGAGAUAUGAUGAAGUAGGAUUUAUCAUCCUCUCCUGGUUAUAUAAUUUAAAGAGGAGCUUCAUUUAAGAAAUCCAGAUCGACCAACAGUUAAUACGAAAAAGGAUCAGAAGAGGAAAGAAGGAAAGUCGUUGGAACUCCUGAUUACAUAGCUCCAGAAAUAAUCAAAGGAACCUCUUUUUCCAAUAAAACUUUGGACUACUGGUCUUUAGGAGUCAUUUUAUUUGAGUUUUUGGUUGGAAUACCACCAUUUAAUGAUGAAUCUGUUGAUAAGAUAUUUUCUAAUAUAUUGGAAGGUAGAAUAGAAUGGCCUGAUAUUGGGGAUGAUCCUGAGACAUAAAUUUCAGAAUGCGUUUACGAUCUACUUAAAUAAUUGUUGAAUCCUGAUUAUAAAUAGAGGAUAGGUCAUGAGUCAAUAGAGUAAAUAAAGAAGCAUCCAUUUCUUAAUUCGAUAAAUUGGAACAAGUUGAGAAACCAACCAGGGCCCAUCAUUCCAAGAAUACCAUAAAAUACUUAAUAGUUCGAAAAUGUUUAAGAAAAAUUACAAAAGUUUUUAUAAAGAAGUGAAAGGAAACACUCUUAGAUAGUUAAAAAGUUACAAGACGAAUUAGAAUAUUUGGAACGAGUGGAUCUUCUGAUAGCAACAAAUGAAUAAGAAGUAAUUUAGAUUAAAUCCUAAUUUAAUUUAUGA